AGCGACAUAUGCAAAAUCAUCUUCGCCAUCUUCAUCCCUCCCAUCGGUGUCUUUCUUGAGCGCGGAUGUGGAGCUGACUUGCUCAUCAACAUCCUCUUGACCAUUCUCGGUUACAUCCCAGGCAUCAUCCACGCCUUGUACAUCAUUCUCAAGUACUAG